CGUGUCAAGACGACAACGCUGCUCGUCUUUCACCCUCUACACUUGUCUCUCCGCGUACCACCCUUGAUUCCUCUUCCCAUCUCUCUCAUCUUCCUUCGUCUCGGCCACUGUGCCCGCGUCAUACCCACUUUCUGAAUUUUGUAUUAUUCGCCGUUAAUCAACAUAUUUUGUCUCUAUAUAUAUAUACCCACGUAACCCAGUAGCCAUGAUCGCUAGAGAAUUCCUUCACAGGUUGAAGAUGUCUGUCAAGCAAAAGUUAGGUUCAUCACAGAUUGAUUCUGGGAAAGGGAAGAGUAAGAUGUCAAAGCAAAUAACACAUGGUUAUCACUUAGUAAAGGGGAAAGCUCACCAUGCCAUGGAAGAUUACGUUGUUGCAAAAUUCAAGGAAGUUGACGAAAACGAGCUUGGUUUAUUUGCAAUUUUUGAUGGUCAUCUCAGCCACGAAAUUCCGGACUACUUAUGCUCGCAUUUAUUUGAUAAUAUACUGAAUGAGCCUGAUUUCUGGUCAGAGCCAGAGAAAGCAAUCAGGAGAGCAUAUCGUAUUACUGAUACUAAAAUAUUGGACAAGGCAGUUGAUUUGGGAAAGGGGGGUUCAACAGCUGUGACAGCAAUACUGAUCAACUGCCAGAAGCUGAUAGUGGCUAAUGUUGGUGAUUCUCGUGCUGUUAUUUGCAAGAAUGGUGUUGCCAAACAGCUGUCAGUUGAUCAUGAACCAAACAUGGAAAAGGAGAUCAUUGAGAAUAGAGGUGGUUUUGUAUCAAACUUCCCAGGGGAUGUUCCGCGUGUUGAUGGGCAGUUGGCAGUGGCAAGAGCAUUUGGUGACAAGAGCAUAAAGGUACAUCUAAGUUCAGAACCAGAUGUUGCAAUGGAAAAGAUAUACGAUGAUACUGAGUUUGCUAUCUUGGCUAGUGAUGGGCUAUGGAAGGUAAUGACUAAUCAAGAAGCAGUGGACUCUGCCCGGCACGUGAUUAAGGAUGCUCGGUCUGCAGCAAAGCACCUUACAGAAGAGGCUCUUGCUAGGGGUAGCACAGAUGAUAUUUCUGUCAUAGUUGUGAAGUUUUAAUGGUAAGAUAAUAUUUGUUUCACAUUGCCAAGAACCUGACAUAAGGGUGGACUGAAGGUAAAGUUUCUGCGAACCUUAAUUUGAAAAGUAAAAGAAAAGAAAAAGAUGAAGAAGAAGAAAUGUAUAAUGGACUGUACAGCACUAUAAGUUAAAAAAAUUCUGCCUGUUAGUGUUGGACAAGCAGUACAGUGGCAGAGUGCCUUAUGCUUUUCCAAUCCAAAUGGACAAAUCGAUUUAAUCUCUUUUCUACUC